AUGUCCUUUACACCUCGCCAAAUCAAAUCAUAAAAUAAAGAAUUAUACCUAACAAGCAUACCAUAUAAUAGAAAAUUAUAAAGAACUUUUACAAAUGAGGAAAUGUCAAGUGUGCCUAAAAAUUAGAUUUUGAUUCAUUUUAUAAUUAAGUCUUAAAGCCUAACGCUGUAUUAAAAAUAAAUUCUAUUCCACUUAAAGGAAUAACUCAAAUAAGAUGAUCUAAUUACACAAUAUUGA